AUGAUACGAAGGCGUGGCAGACGGCCCCGCGGAUAUGAGAGCUAUCUUCUGAUUGGAGAAUGUGAGAAGCCAUGGCUGAAAGAUCCACGCUGGAACCGAGCAAAGCGAAUCAACGAUGCCAUCAUGAUAUCCGGCUUGGUGCUUGAAGUGCUCACGAGCCUUUACUGCCUGAUCAUGGACGACCACUUCGAUACCAUCGACUCUGAAAAUUGGAGCUACGAGAUACAGACUGGUGGUUUUGGGACUGGCGAGUUCACUUGGGCGACGGACGACCCGCAGAACGCAUUCGUCGACUCUGAAGGUCUACAUAUCGUACCCACAUUGACGACUGAAGCCACCAAUAUCACCGACAUACAAAUCUUCCAUGGCUACGCUGUAAAUCUCACAGUGGCCGGUGGCGAUGGCACUUGCACAUCUGCAGACGUCGACAAGUGUUCCGUCAGAUCCAACAUGACACUUGGCCGCAUCAUUCCGCCAGUGCGAUCCGCGCGUCUCAUUACCAAAGGAAAGAAGAGCAUCAAAUACGGUCGAGUUGAGGUUGUCGCGAAGAUGCCAAAGGGAGAUUGGCUGUGGCCAGCUAUCUGGAUGAUGCCUGAAGACUCGGUCUAUGGCACAUGGCCCGCGUCUGGUGAGAUCGACAUCGCAGACCUGCGCGGAAAUGAUCGAAAGUAUCCUCGCGGCCGCGACCUGGUGACUACCACCCUGCAUUGGGGCCCUGGCCCCGAUCACGACGGCUACAUGUUAACGUACGAUACGUUCUUCUUCAAACGUGGAGAUUUCACGGACAGGUUCUUUACAUACGGAUUGGAAUGGAACAAAGACUACUUGUUCACGUACGAGAAGGGCAAAUUCCAGGGAACCGCAACCCACAACGGCACACUGUACACCAAUCCUUGGUCUGAAGCUAGCAACUCUAUCGCGCCUUUCGAUCAGAAGUUCUUUCUCAAUCUCAAAGUUGCAGUCGGUGCUCAAAACGGAUAUUUCUAUAACGGAAAGUUCAACAAACCCUGGAUAGAUGGUACCAUGCUUGCUGCAACUGAGUUUUGGAGGGCCAAAGACCAGUGGUUGCCUACUUGGGGUGAAGGGAACGAUCGUGGCAUGACGGUCAAAUCUGUCAAGAUGUGGCAGCAGUGCGAUGAGAAGUGGAUGUGA